UGAUCACAUCGCCAUUUUCAGAGAUCGCGAGAUUGCUGGAUUCUUACCCUCGCCUGCCCGAGAUUCUACUGCGGUCGGAUUUCCGAAGAGUGCGUUUCGAUCCGACCCGGAUCCUAGUGGGUAUUGUCUCAUCAAUCGAACAUUUGCGCUUUGAUUCCGUUUUUUUUUUCUUUUUUGAAAAACCAUGAAUUCGAACUACGGAAAGGGAUCAUCUGGGUCGAUGAACAGCUUCAAUUUCGAUCUCGGGCUCGGAUCGAACCAAGGCAGAUCUCUUAAAGAUCAGAAGAGCCAACCCUCUCCGUAUUCGAGCUCGAAUUCGCAUCCGAGGCCCGCAUGGCAACCCGGGAAGCCCUCGUGGACCCAUCAACCCGCUCCGAAGCAGGCGACGGCCCGAUCCGAGAUCGGAAGCGGACCCUCUUCCAUGGUGGGUGAUAUUUUCGGGAAAACGUGGGGCUCGUCUUCCGGAUCGGGUUCAGGUAUUGGGAUCGUGAACAAAGACCCGACCUUGUUUGGAGAUCUGGUGACCUCCGCGAUAGGUCAGGGCAAAUCCACCGGAAAUGUGCCAUUGAAGAACGCUACGCCUACUUCGGCUCCAGGUUCGAACAAAAGCUCGUACUCGAUGGGGAAUUUGGCCGAUUCGUUGCCCAAAUCCGGUAAUUCUGGGAGAACUGGUGCGAAUUGGGGUUAUGGCAAUAGCUCCGGUGGUAGUAAUUUCGGUGUGAAUGCUAAUAAUAGCAGUAAGACUCCGAAUCUCGGAGGUCCUACAAUGAAAAAUAUGGCUGGCAGCAAUGUAAGCGGGUUAGGUCUGCGUUCAAAUGGUGAUCCCUUUGGUUCUUUGGUCGAUUUCGGAUCAAAACCUUCGGGAAAUAUCGGUUCUGGAGCCAAAACUACUAAGGCCAAUGUGCAAAGUGAUGGUUUUGGGGAUUUUCAGAGCUCAUCUCAAUCCGGAGCGUUCAAUGCAAAUGGCAAUGGUUUCGCAGCAUCGAGUGAGAAAACAGACAGCUUCGGGGAAUUUCAGAACGCCCCUAAAUCGAGCAGCACCUCCGCUUUCCCGUCCGGUGGUUUCAGUUCAAAUGCUAAUAGCUUCAAUGAUCCUAACAUCGAUUUUGGGAUGCCAAAAAGCGGUUUUCCUUCUCAAGCUCAGUCUUCCAGCGAUGAUCCUCUGGGGAUGUUCUCUUCUUCCACAGCGGCUGCACCUGCCACAUCGCAGCCUGAUGAUUGGGGAUUUGAGGGUUUUGACAAUGCCGCUGAUUCGGGUGGUGGAUCCACCACUGAGCUUGAUGGAUUGCCUCCUCCUCCUGCAGGGGUAUCGGCCACAUCGGCUAAGUCAAAGGGUAUUGAUAACCAGAAGCAGGGUCAAUAUGCCGAUGCCAUAAAGUGGCUCUCUUGGGCCGUGAUUCUUAUGGAGAAAGCCGGGGAUCAGGCCGGGACAGCUGAGGUCCUGUCCAUUAGGGCUUCGUGUUACAAAGAAGUCGGAGAAUACAAGAAGGCGGUCGCCGACUGUACAAAGGUUCUUGAACAAGAUGAGAAGAAUGCAUCGGUUCUCGUGCAACGGGCGCUCUUGUAUGAGAGCAUGGAGAAGUACAAACUCGGGGCAGAAGAUCUAAGGAUGGUUCUAAAGAUCGAUCCGGGCAACAGGGUGGCCAGAAGCACCAUCCACCGCUUAACAAAGAUGGCCGAGUGAUCGGAAUUCCGACCCAAAGGGCCAAGUUCCUGAAAACUUCACAGUAAUCUCUCUCUCUCUCUCUCUCUCUCUCUCUAUAUAUAUAUAUAUAUAUAUGCAAGAACUGGCACCUCACCUCCUUUACAUUCUUUCUCUAUUGUUUCUUCUUCAAGUGUGCUUAUGGAUCUGCUUUGCAUUUCUGGUGAAGUGUGUCUCCGAGUUCAUUACAUUCUCAGACACUUAACGUUAGUAACCAAACGGUUUUGAUACAAGAACCUAUAUCUUGAUGGCGUUGCUUCAUGUCUGUUU